AUGAGCACAGAGGCACCCAGCCUCACCGGCUCCCGGGUUACCAGUCCCCUUGCCUUUCUCACAGCUCAGGAAGCUGCUGCAGGCACCCCUGUGGAGGCAGCCGGCCCGGUCCCGGUGCUCGUGGCCCUGGCCUGCAUUUUCCUCCUGCUGGCCACCUGCCUGCUGUUCAUGGCACUCUGCAAGCCGGCCGCACUGGACCCGCGCCGCCGCGGCGCCCGCGAGUGCAUGCCCCACCACCCUGGGAGCCCCAGCGAGCCCCAGCUGCGCCUCUGGGAGCGCCUGGGGUCCCUGCGCCACUCCCUGCGCAGCUUCCGCCGGGGCCGGCCCGCAGCCCCUCCUCGCCCGCUGCCAGCCUGCAACCACAGCCAGGGCGAUUGGGACUGCUCGGAAUCCACCAAGAUGUGA